UAUUUUUGUUGUCUGAGCAGUUCUUGGUCAAUGUCUGCGACGUCCUCGCCCGCGGCGGCUGCGGCGAUCGCGUCUGCAAUGGAGGUCGCUUACGGCCAGCGCGUCUCGCUCCCGUCCCUGAUCCAGGCAACCCCGUCGCGCCUGCCGCCGUCGGGAAGCAGUCCUGCCGGCAGUCAGCACAGUUUCAGUGCACUGGGCGGAGCGGCGAGCACACACACGCCGGCACAGCGCCAGCAGAGCUCGACGCCAAUGGCCGUUUCAAGCGCUUCGCCGUUUCAGCCAGUUGCAGCUGCAGCCCAGCAGCGAGAUGCGAGAUUGGUGGAACAGCUUGCGGAGCGUGCGGAAGUCACUCGAUUGAAACUCGAGCUCAUUACGGCGCAAGUGCGCGUGAACGAACUUGAGGCGGAGCGUGCAAAGAACUCGAACAAGACCGACCAUCGCGUCGACACGCUGCAGCUUCGUAUUCAGGAACUCGAACAACAACGGCGAUAUCAAGCAGGCGAAUUCGAGGAAUUGCAGCGGUUGCAUGAGACAGUCGUGAACGAGCGAGACUCACUCCGCAGCUCCAAGGAUGCCGAAAGCGACCAAUCCCAGACCGUCAUUCGCAAUCUCGAAAUGCAAUUGAUGCAAGCACAACAGGCAUCGCUACGCACAGACCCGCGGGUGCAUCAACUCGAACAAGCUCAAGGUCAAAUUCGUCUGCUUCAGCUCGAUUGCGAGGCUUUGAAGUCCGAGCUCGAGGGCAAUCGAACCAAAAUGGAGCAAUCUGAGUGGCUGCUUCAAGAGUUCCGGACCAAAGACGAGCGAAUCCGAGAACUUGAAACCCAACUCGCACAGGUGCGCGCAGAGGCUAGUCAUGCAUCAGACACGCAGACAGUCACGGUCAAUUUGAAGGAGCAGCUGGAACGCAUGACUCGACUCACGUCCGAGUGUUCGCGUUUGACUCGAGAGAACCGCGAGCUUAGUGUUCGUCAGGAAAACGCGGAGGCUCUCAAAGAGCAAGUUAUUGAUUUGCAGACCCGUUUAACACGGCAGCUUGAGCAUGACGAGCAAUCCCAAGCCACAAUAGCACGUCAAGAAGACGAGCUUGCCAUUCUUCGAUCGCAAGUCGACAAGCUUGACACCUUGCUUCAGGCCAACUCUUCGACCAUGCCCUCGAGUGUGUUGCCGACUGCUCGGGGCGAGACUGCGCGCGCCAUUGCGGCACUGGAAAGCUCGCUCUCGACGUUGACCGUGAAGCACGCCAUUGCCGUUGAGCAGCUCGGCGGUGCAACAGUUGCCCUCAAAUCCUGCGAAAACGCCUUUACUUUGCUUCAAGAGGACUAUCGCCGCUUGGAGGCGCGUGCUGUCGAGGCUGAGAGCAAGCUCCGCGAAGGCGCUGCAUCCGUCCUGUCUUUGCAACGGCGCCUGCAGUUCGUCAAACAGGAGCGAAACAACCUCAAAGACAUGGUCGAGACAUACAGCAAAGAAGGACCGAUGCUGGACAAGCUGCUUGACAAACUCCUGAAGGGCGAUCAGUUUGAGCGCGAUACCGUUUCGACGAUGCGGUAUUCACAGCAACAGCGCAUCGAGCAGCUUGAGGCGCAGUUUUCCGAGGCUGUAGCACACAUGUUCCGCCUUGAGGAGGAGUAUGCUGGCGAGAUCAACCGACUGAAUCUCGCUUGCGAAUCCCAGAAGAACCGCAUUCUGAGUGUCGACCGAGACAACCACCGACUGUCCUUUGAUUUGGAAUUGUUAGCCAAGGAAGCUGCCACUCUGCGCGAGCGUACUGGCCAGCUUGCUGUUCAGCCGUACCGCACCCUGACCCAGCCUGCCUCCGAUGCCUCUGCCGCUACCUCUACCGACAGUAUCAUGAUUGUUGAUUAAUCAACGAGUGUGUUGUUUCAAUAUUUCCGUGGUGGUGAAUGCAGAGUUCAGCUAUUUCGUGUGAUUUCGUGUGAUUUCGUGUGAUUU